AUGUCCAUCCGUGAACUUCCACAGAGAAAUGGUUCUUCUGUCAUGAUGUUUCCUCCUCGCAGUAACUCCACAAACAUGCUCACAAUGGGAUGUUGGUAUUCAAACAUCAUUCUGAGACAUCUUGUCUUACCUCUGCUUUAUUUUAACCCUUCACUGUCUUACUCACUGAAAAACUGCACCAUUGAUUAUCGUGAGAAUCCCUCUGCUGAUGUUUCUUUGGACUGUACAAACCGUGAACUUCUGACUGUCCCUGAUGACCUCCCCAGAGAUGCUGUCUCAGUAAAACUCUUCAACAAUAAGCUUGAGAAAAUUCACAGAGACGACUUUGGUGACAUGCCAAAGCUGAUACAUGUGAGCCUUGACUUGAAUAAAAUUGCUCAUGUGGACGAUGGAGCUUUCAUCUGUCUGGUGGCAUUGAAAAAACUCUGCAUGCGGGAUAACAGACUCACCAACCUGACAGGUGGCCUCUUUCAGGGACUGUCCAACCUCACCAUGCUCGAUCUGCGUAGGAACCAGAUUCAGUUCAUUCAUAAGAUGACCUUUCAGCACCUGACCAGCUUAGAAACUGUGUUGCUGGACUCCAACAGGCUCCAACAAGUCACCAGCAUUCAGUCCAUCCUGCAGCUACCUCACAUUCAGAAGCUGACCAUUAGUUCCAAUCUGUUUUCAUCCUUUCAGACCAAAGAUCUGCCACCCAAUGUGUCCUCUAGUCUGACAAUGUUGGAUGUGUCUUCUAAUAAGCUGAAAGAGUUCAGCAUCACAACACCAAUAUUUCCUCAUCUACAAACGAUAGACCUAUCUCAUAUCUCGGGCCUGAAAUGGGAUAUACCUGACAAGAUAUUCCUAAGGAACAUAACUCAGCUGUAUCUUAGUUUUCCUCUGAUGUCCUUUGAAAAGUUCCAAAAAAUCUUGCAGAAUCUCAACUCAGUGAUCCAUCUGAGAUUGAAUUAUAUGGACGCCUGGAUUAGAAAAGGUCUUCUAUCUGUCAUCUGCAAAGUACCAACACUCAGAAGGCUCGAUCUAUACUAUAACCAUCUCACCAAGUCCAUUGCAGAACUUGUAACUUGCUCACAGCUCACUGAGCUUGAUCUGUCUAUUACUCAUAUCAAGGAGCUCCCAAAAGGCACGAUAUACUCUAUGAAGCAGCUAACUUACCUGACUUUGGAUACCAACAUGCUCACCAAUGUGCCAGAUGACAUUAAGAGCCUCUCCUCCCUCAAGAUCCUGAAUAUGAAUGAUAACCAUAUUUCCAAGUUGGACUGUGAAGUUUUCUCAAACACAUCAAACCUCACAGAACUUUACCUGAACGAAAACCUCAUUGUCAACCUCGAAGGCUGUGUCUUUGAAAAUCUUAAUGACCUGAAGGUUUUAGACCUGAGUCAGAACCGGCUGCAGACUUUUGGAGGCACGUUCAAAGUUGGUGUGCAGAAACUGGAGUUCUUGGAUUUAAGCAAUAACUUUCGAUCUGUUUUUGAAAGAGGAGAUUUUCAACAUCUACAAUCCCUGAAAUAUUUGAAUGUUUCUUCAGAUAAUAUUAGAAGACUGGCAUGUAAGGUGUUUGAUGGACUGAACAAUAUGGAAGCCCUCAGUGUGACUUUUUCAAAUGAGAAUGGCAAUGACCUUAAAGGACACUCAGAAAAUCAUUCACUCAGCUUCAAUACUGACAGCACUUUCAAAACUCGCCAUUCUAACAAGUACGAAGCCUCCUGCACUUUAAAAUCUUUAAAAAUUUUCACAGUACUUUGCAAACACUAUCAGUGCUACCUCCCCUUUAAGGAACUGAGUGAAAUGCUUCAGUCUAUGAUACAUUUAGAGGACUUCAGAGCUGAGAAUGUCCAGCUUACUGCUCUUGAGACUGACAUGUUUCAAUUCAAUCGCCAUCUCAAAAGUCUGACCAUCCAGAAUGCUGAUCUGUUUAAUGUGAAACCUGAGCUUUUUAUGCCAAUCCCAAACCUGCAAGCUCUGGAUCUUUCUCAGAGUAGUCUUAAAACUUUGGAUUUUCUGAUGUUGGCCAACCUGUCUGCACUCAGAUAUCUGAAUCUCGGGUACAAUGAAGUGACUGUAAUCAAUGAGGAGGUUUUCCAGUUUCUACCUGCACUAACCUUCCUGGACCUGGACCAUAACCCUUUCACUUGUGACUGCUUGAAUGCUGGCUUCAUCCACUGGGUGAAGAGCAACAAGCAAACUCAGGUCGGAAACGCCCAUCAGUACGCUUGUUCUUUUCCAGUCACUGAACAAGGAAAAAUGUUGCUGGACUUUGACAUCCAGGCCUGUUGGAUGGGCACCAACUUCAUUUGCUUCAUUUCCAGCAUGUGUCUGGUUCUUCUAACUCUCCUUAUCUCCUUCAUCUACUCCUUUCUGAGGUGGCAAAUAACUUACACCUUCCUAUUGUUCUGGGCUUUCCUCUAUGACAGACGACAUAGGAAGAAGGGAGCUCCUCAUCGCUAUGAUGCCUUUAUCUCCUACAAUGUCCAUGACGAGGACUGGGUUUAUCAAGAGAUGCUUCCAGUGCUGGAAGGAGAGCAGGGCUGGAGACUCUGUCUGCACCACAGGGACUUCCAACCAGGUAUAUCCAUCAUAGAGAACAUCACAGACGCAAUCUACAGCAGCAGGAAGACCAUCUGUGUGAUCAGCCACCAUUACCUGCAGAGUGAGUGGUGCUCCAGAGAGAUCCAGAUGGCCAGCUUCCGGCUGUUUGAUGAGAAGAAAGACGUGUUGAUCCUGCUGUUUCUGGAGGAGAUCCCGGCCCGGCAGCUGUCUCCAUACCACCGCAUGAGGAAGCUGUUGAAGAAACGCACCUACCUGAGCUGGCCUCAGGCUGGCCAACACCCAGGAGUCUUCUGGCAGAACGUCCGGAGAGCUCUGGAGACCGGGGACGCUCGUAACGAGGAUACAGACCCACUGACUGGACCAGCAGGAUGCUGAGAUUCAGAUCAGACCUUCAAUGUUAAGAACAGUGACCGAGGAAAACUCGAUUAAAAUACUAUACUGUGACUGAAAAAAAUUCCCCUCAUUUCUUUACAUUUUGCAGGAAAAUGGGAGAUCAGUGCAGAGAUUCAUUGAAAUGUGCAAAUAUACAUGGAAAUACAGUAGAUAAGGCAACACCAGUUUGUGUAGUAUU